CCCGAAGGUGAUCACGUGCGCGCGAACAGCUGAUGGUGACGUUGGCGACCAACAUGGCGGAUUGGAACCGAGGUCAUGGCUCCAUGGACGACAUGCUGGAUACUGAAAACAAGCGGUUGGCUGAAAACUUGGCCAGUAAAGUCUCCAGGUUGAAAUCUCUGGCUUAUGACAUCGACAGAGAGGCGGAGGAUCAGAACGACUACUUGGACAACAUGGACUCCAACUUCCUGAGUGCGACCGGCCUGCUAACCGGCAGCGUCAAGCGGUUUUCCACAAUGGUCCGAUCCGGCAAAGACAACAGACGCCUCCUCUGCUAUGUGUCCGGGGGGCUAGUCCUGGCCUUUUUUCUUCUUUACUACUUGAUUUCCAGGAUCCAUAGCUGAUUUCAGGACAGCAUCAUCAACCAGGGAGCCACUCUGAUGCCGAACUUAAUCUGAAAAAUCUUAGCUAGGAUGGAGUUAUCUCUAAGGCUAUCUGCUAAGAUAAUCCCUUUAUAAGAAAAGAAACUGGAUGUAUAUAUGUGUAUGUUUAAUUGAAUUGAUGUACAGCGCGGGUGAAACUAUAAGGGGUGUUCUUAUGCAAACGUUUUUGGAGUCUAUAGAUGGUGAGCGGGGAGCAUAUCAACAUAGCUAUGCUACCUUUGUGCAACCCUGAGUAAUCCAAAGUUCAGGAGGAAGAAAGCUUUAUUCAAACACAUCGAAGAGUGGACUGGGAUCGACACAACCUUUAAACGUCCUUGUGAUCAACUAAGAGACAUUGACGCAGAACAGAGGUUUUAAAUGGACUGAAUUUUCACUCUGUUAAGUCAUGGCAACAUAACGGCUAUGAGAACCAGGUAGGCCAAUAAUUGUGGUUACAGCUGAGCGGCAAAGCCUAAUGAUCAGAAUUUCUCCCAAAUACGAUUUAAUAACAGAACAAGGGUUGAUUUUGGCUUUAUAUUGCUGAGUAAUUGAAGGAAUGUCUCAUUUUGAGCUUAAAAACUUUAGUCCUGUUCCAUUUAGUCCUGUCCAACAUUUAGAUUCAAACAAAAACACCUGUUGCCAACUGAUUGAAUUUCUUUUUUUUACUACUUUGGUCUUAAAAACUAAGAUCUGAUCCAAUUGACUUUAAACUUAGUGUUAUAUUUAUAGCUCUGUAUCCAUCCAGUUAAUGCUAAUUUGCUCUCCUGCAGUCUAUGAAUAUUCAGGAGAGCCAGAAUUGUGCAUUUAAGAACCACUAACAAUAAAGUCCCGCAUUUAAUGUUCGCUGAUAGUAUUGAAAGAAUUUCUAUCAAACAUUGAAUGAGGGAAAUAUUAUUCAAUGUUUGCUAAAAAUUCUGUCAUUACUUUCAGCAAAUGUAUCUUUGCUCAUGAGAUUCUAACUAGUACCCUUUUAAUGUUUAGGUUGUUUAGCUGUUUAUUAUUUUAGGAAAAAAUGAAGAAAUCUGACCAAAAUAUACAGAUAGUUUGAUUUAUAAUCAUGUUUUCAGUAAAUUCCAAUGCAACUUUUUUUUUUUUUUUUUGCUUGUCCUACCUAAACGCUGGUGUUAAAAACCCAAGGGAGAAAACUAGUUGAGAUUUAUUAAGUUUACUUACUGUUUAUAUUGGAUUAUUUAGAUUUUGACCAGGAAAUGUUUAAUAUUUUCUGCUGGGUUAUUUGUACAUAGUGCUAAAGCAUUUUGUAUAAUAAUAAAUCUUGUUGGUGGUGUGACAGAAUUGAUCUCUUGACAAGGUAGAAAAUUAAACGGCUCCACUGCUGCUACAAGCCCCUCCUAGUUCAUUAAACAGAUUUGAAAGAA